GCGAGGCCAUGAAGGUGAAGAAGGGCGGCGGAGGGGCGGCCGGAGCUGGGGCCGCCGCGCCCGCCUGCACCGAGGAGGAGCUGCGGGGACGCCGCGCCGGCAUCAGCCCCGAGGACGUGCUGGGGCUCCAGAACAUCACGUCCGAUUAUUUGUGCACUCUCGAGGAGAACGUGUACAAGAUUGAUUUCACGCGGUUCAAAAUCCGAGACAUGGAGUCGGGCACGGUGCUGUUUGAAAUCACCAAGCCCCCAGUUUCAGAACGGGAGCAUGACGAUAAGAAGGACAUUGAUCCGAACGCGGGGCGCUUUGUGCGCUACCAGUUCACGCCAGCGUUCCUUCGGCUGCGCCAGGUUGGAGCCACGGUGGAGUUCACAGUCGGCGACAAACCCAUCAAUAACUUCCGCAUGAUCGAGAGGCACUAUUUUCGGGACCAGCUGCUGAAGAGCUUUGAUUUCGAAUUUGGCUUCUGCAUCCCCAGCAGUAAAAAUACGUGCGAGCACAUCUAUGAAUUUCCACAGCUCUCCGAGGACCUCAUCCAGGAGAUGAUCCUUCACCCCUACGAAACCCAGUCGGACAGUUUCUACUUUGUAGACAACGAACUGGUGAUGCACAACAAGGCAGACUAUUCUUACAGCGGCGGACCCUGAGGAAGAGACGUGGCGACUCUCCGGAUCCCGGCAGGAUGGCCUGGGAUUCCGCCCUCCUGCUAACCUGGGCAGCCGGACGCGAGGACUCUGCAUCUGCCAGAGUUCCAUGACUAAAUUAGCGACGUCUUGACACUUCCCUGCUCUGCGAGGCAAACCCCCCUCCCCCUGCCUGGCAGGGCGGGUCUCUUUACCCUUCCGGGUCCUUGUUAGUUGCUUAAGGCUCUCAGAAUAGCUGCGGGUAGUCACCUCUGCCUGGCCAGGCCAGCAUUCUGCACUGGACCGCGUCCCAGCCCUUGGUUUCGACUCCUAAACGCCCUUCACCUGCUCUCGCUCGUGGGAGCUCUUGAGAUGUGCACCCUUGAUCAGAUGGCGCAUGGGCAGUGGUCCUUAGUUGGGGGGGGGAGACCCACAUUCCCUGUCUGCGACAGCUCCGUCCUGACCUGCCACGCAGAGAACUGAUGGGUUGUCAUGUUGUGGCAUCUGGUUGGCUUGCUUUGCGAGUGUUUUCCUGGACUGGGGAGGGGGCAGGGUGAGUUCACUGUGGGACGGCUCUCUUCUCACAGAGGUGAGAGGCCAACAGCGUCCCCAGGAUCUGUCAAGAAGACUUCUUCUGGUACCAGAGGUAUUUGUUGUGCGGGGGGGGGGCUUUUUCCACUCCCUUGGUCAAAUGCCAAGCUAGGAAGGUCCUUCGCCUCUGGGCUCUUUCGUUCCUUGCAGACCUGGUCCUCUGCCCCACCCAAAGAAACUUUGUGCAAUGCUGGAGUGUCGCUGCCAAGGUGGGGACCCCACUUGGGGGAAGGCAGUCAAGGGGAGCAGGCUUAUCUUGGGGCCUGGGAGCUCGGGAGAAAUGACUUUGCAUCGGCCGCGUCCUGUGUUUGCUCCUGAAGCAUUCUCUGUGUGUGGUUUGUUUCUCCCUCUUCCAGUUGCCUUUUCGUGAAUCCCUUGGAACAAACCCUACUAAGACGCGCACAUUUAAAGACCUGGGGUUUGGGAACUGCUCUCAGCGUUUCACCUGGAGCCAUCCUGGGAAGUUUCCGAGCUCCUCAUAGACCCAGGGCAGCAACAUCGGUAGCGAUGUCAGUGGGGCCGUGGCUCAGUGGAAGAGCCCCUGUUUGGCACGCAGAAGGUCCCAGGUUCAAUCCCCAGCUUCUCCUGUUUAAAACGACCAAGCAACCGAUGGUGUGAAAGACCUCGGUCUGAGACCCUGGAGGGUCCCUGCCAGUCUGAGUAUGCAAUACUGACC